UCUUUUUUUGAAAGCCGACGGCCGAUGUCGUCAUCACAAAUGGACAGUGUUGUCAUUCUUGAAAUGUAGGAAGCGGUUGUCUUUUUAUUUCUUUCGUUUUAUAUUCUUCGCUGCCUUUUAACCACCAAGACCUAAAAUGGCUGACUACUGGAAGUCACAACCGAGGAAAUUCUGCCAGUACUGCAAGUGUUGGAUCGCCGACAAUAAGCCUAGUAUCGAGUUCCAUGAAAGAGGGAAGAAUCACAAAGAAAAUGUUGCUGCCAAAAUUACUGAGAUUAAAAAGAAGAGUAUUGAAAAGGCGAAGCAGGAGGAACGUAUGUCUAAAGAGUUUGCAGCGAUGGAGGAGGCUGCGCUGAAGGCAUAUCAGGAGGAUCUGAAGAGGAUGGAAAUGGAGUCAGGAUCAGGUUCACAAGCUCAAACGACAGAACAACCACAACAUCAGGCACAACCGCAGACCAAAAAACUGCAAAAGAAAAAAGAGAGACCAAGCAAGUCAUCCAGACAACAAACAGAAGCACAGGCUUGGGUUGAAGGAAUGACAGAUGAUGGACACACAUACUAUUACAACACAGAAACUGGAGACUCUCAGUGGGAAAAACCAGAUUGUCUCCAGGGAGACUUUCCAGACUCUGCACAGCCUGAACAAACUGAGAGCUCCUUGAGCAGUGCUUGGAUGGAAGGCGUCAGUGCUGAUGGUCUUAUAUAUUACUACAACACAGAGACAGGAGAGUCCAGCUGGGAGAAGCCAGCAGACUUUCCCUCUUAUGAGGAGUCUGGAUCCGGCCGUGGAUCCAGCAGAGAGGGGGAGAGUCAGGAGGAGCCAUUGACCCCUCAGCCGGAGCCACUCUCUGGAGGAGAGGAGAGCUCAGAUGGGGCUCAGGCAUCUCAGGAGGCUGAAGUCACUGAACAACCCAGCCAGCAGCCUAAAGUCCCAAAGAUCAGCUUCAGGAAAAGGAAAGCAGAGGCUGAGCCCUCAGAACAGGAGGGAGAGGAUAAGGCUAGCGAUGGUAGUCCUAAAGAGGAUGCUGAAGAGAACAAAAAAGAGGAAGAGGUCCAAAGCACAACAACUGAGCCUAAAGAGGAAAAAGAGCCACAAGCCAAGAAGCCAAAAGCAUAUAACCCAUAUGGGACUUGGGAACAGAUCCAGCUGGAGGAGGAUCCAUAUGCCAGUGUGGACUUACAGUUGCCCCAGGUGGAGGGAGGCGCAGCCACCACUCAGGCCGAGCUGCCACCAGAGCCCAAACCGAAGUUCAAGGAGCGCAUCAUCACCUCCCUCGGUGAGGAAGGUGGACCUGCUUCAUUCAGGAAAAACAAGACACAGAACGGCAGAUCCAGGAGCCUCCGACAGAGAGACAAUGAUGACUGAACCAAACACAUACUGACUUCAUGCCAGAGUUCUGCUGAAUUAUUUACAAAAGUAAAUACUCUUCCUAGGGACGUUUUUGACAUUUAGAUGUACCAUUUUGAUGUUUGUGUAUUAGGAUUUUGUUUACCUAAGAUGCACAGGUAGCAUCUUUGUUUUUUUUUUUUGUUUUUUUUAAAUAAUUUUUGGACAAAUUGGCCUGACAAACCUGAAGACAAAGUAAUCAAAUCUACUGCUGUUUUUUCUCCUGGAAACCCCAAUUUUUUUUUUUUAAUCCUUAAAAUAUGUGGCAUUGGAGAUAAUCAAUUUAUUUUCCUUUGUACUGAAAUCUAUCACAAUAAAGGUGUGCCAGUUUUAUACAGAAUAGGUAUUAGGUUUACAAUAUUCAACUAGUCAGCUUCCCGGUGUGUACAUUUAUCCAUAUCUAUCUAUCGUCUAUAAAGAGCAAUUCAAAUAACUUUUUUUAUUGUCCAUAUGUUUUUUUUUUUUUUUUACCAAUGUGCACUGGUAAAAGCUAGUAAGGCACCCAUGUGGACAUGUCAUUGCAAUGUUUGUCAGUUAAAGUGAAUUACUAUUAUACUUUAAUAAAGCAAUAUCAAAAGA